UCAAAAGGGCUGUGUAUUUAUCAUCAACUUCACAUUGGUUCGGGCUGGCGGCAAGAGUCUCCUGCUUUCAUAGGUUGCAAUUUCUCUGGAAAUUUGCCUUUUAGAAGCUCUUAGAGGACAGUCUCCUUCAGAAAACUUUAAAAUAAUUUGCGAUUUUAAGGUUUCUUCUGAGCUGGGUUCUAAAAUGUUAUAUGAAACGGGCUCAGGUCAGGGCCUUCCCGGACUGCGGUUUGUGAGAGAAAAGAUGGUCGUGCUUUGGAUGGUUAUUCAUGGGAAAAUAGAAUCGUGAACGUUAACAUUCAGGAAGCUAACAACGUUGUGAACGAAAUGCCAAGCUACGCUCCACAUUUGCCUUCUAGUUCCAUGGAUAUAGAGGGAUCUGCCGUUCAUCAUUCUCAAAUAUCUGAAUUUGGAGCCCUUGAGCAAUCACUUGGAUUUCGUGUAGAUGAUGCUAUCAAUCUUAGCAGAAAUCCAAUAUUCAGUCAAAUCAAAUCAAAUAGCCAGGUUCUUGGUGGCGAUGUUCAACUUGGUGCAUUAAGUAAGAUACCAUCACAAGCAUCCUCAGAUAUGAGACUCUCUGCUGCAAUUGUGGCAUCUCAGACACUGCCAUUACAAAGAGACACACAACCUAAUCUGGCUUCUAUAUCUGGUGGCCCUCGCGAGUACUGGGGGGAGUCAAACAUUGCAGAUGCAAGCCCUAGGACUGAUACUUCAACAGAUGACACAAACUCUAAAAAUCAAAGGCCUGAAAGGGGCCGCUCAUCUAUUGCAGUAUCUGAUUCCAACGAUAGAUCAGAUCAAAAGACACUGCGACGGCUGGCUCAAAAUCGUGAGGCUGCCAGAAAAAGCAGACUAAAGAAAAAGGCAUAUGUACAACAAUUGGAAAGUAGCAGGCUGAAACUGACCCAACUUGAGCAGGAGCUUCAGCGAGCCCGCCAACAGGGCAUUUUCAUUUCAAGUGCAGGAGACCAAUCCCAUUCAUUGAGUGCAAAUGGUGCCAUGGCAUUUGAUAUAGAGUAUGCACGAUGGUUAGAAGAGCAUAAUAAACAAAUCAAUGAGCUAAAGGCUGCAGUCAAUUCCCAUGCUGGAGAUAUUGAGCUGCGUACAAUUGUUGACAACAUCAUGACUCACUUUGAUGAGGUUUUCAGACUGAAAUGUGCUGCAGCAAAAGCUGAUGUUUUCCACAUCCUGUCUGGAUUGUGGAAGACUCCAGCAGAGAGGUGUUUCAUGUGGAUAGGAGGCUUCCGCUCUUCUGACCUUCUGAAGCUUCUUGUAAGUCAGUUGGAGUCCUUAACUGAGCAACAGAUGAUGGGCAUCUACAACUUGCAGCAGUCUUCCCAACAGGCUGAAGACGCUCUGUCCCAAGGAAUGGAUGCAUUGCAGCAAUCACUGGCCGAGACCCUUGCUGAUAAUUCACCCAACCCUUCAGGGUCAUCCACGAACGUGGCACAUUAUAUGGGCCAAAUGGCCAAGGCCAUGGGGAAGCUUGGCACACUUGAGAGGUUCCUUCGCCAGGCUGAUAAUCUACGACAGCAAACAUUACAACAAAUGCUGCGGAUAUUAACCAUCCGGCAAUCGGCUCGAGCUCUACUCGCGAUAGGUGAUUAUUUCUGUCGGCUAAGAGCCUUGAGCUCACUGUGGCUUGCCCGACCACGGGAAUGAAUUAUGUGAAGACUCGCCAUAUUAUCAACAUGACUUCCUCUAGAAGCCUUGGACGCGUUGUUUGUAAGUCAGAUCUGAUCAAUUCUUCACCUUUAGUGCAGUCUAUCUCUUAACCUACCGCUCCUUUGCUACAUCUUUCUUCUGCUCUCUUUUUGCUCAUUCACUUUUACGUUGGAAAUGUUCUCAAAUAAGUUGUUUGUGUGGAUAUGUCAUUUGUAGAUAGGCACGUUAGAGGAGAAAAAGAAAUGGAAUAGCUUUUGUAAUUUAGGCUGCGUCUGUUCAUCGUAUUCCGUAAGUCAGAUUCUAUUUUUCUUGGUUUUUUUUUUUUUUGGG